GCGGCCCGGGUCUCCGCGGCCUCCGUGCUCGGGCUGAGGCGCCGCGGCCGCGCGCCCUCCCGGGGAGGAGGAGGAGCCGCUGGAGGAGGGCCGAGCGCAGCAGUCGCGCCGGCGCUGGGCGAGGAGCGGAGCCGGCCGCCGGCAGCCUCUUGAGUUGGAUAAAGAAAAGAAAAAAAGGAUAGGAUAUCUCUGAACGCCUGGAAGCAAACAGUGCUGUGAACAUCAGUAAACCUUAAUGAUAUCACUAUGACACCCAGAAAUUUUCUAGAAGUUGAAAGAGAGAAGUAGUAUGUGAUAGCUGACACCUCUUUGGCUAGAACUACUCAUAAAAGCCCAUAAGGAAGCCAGGAAAUGUGGACCACCAGAAGGAGGGGCGCUAAGCUGUGAUUGGCUGUCAUGAUUGGCUGUCAUGAUCGGAGAUAACAUUGGUCUUGGAAUUUUGUCCACCUCUCAGUGUUACUCUGGAACUUGGUGCUACUUACUUCCCAGAAAAUGGCUCCAAAAGUUAAAUGAAGCUGAAAAAGCCACGUAGAUGCAGCAUUGAAGCCUCUCCAGAUGUUUGGGGAUAAUAUUCCAGAAAGAAAUUGGUCUUUGUAGAUUAACUAGUCAUAAUGAAGAAAAUUAGUCUGAAAACCUUCCGGAAAUCUUUUAACUUGAACAAAAGUAAAGAAGAAACUGAUUUCAUGGUAGUACAACCACCAUCAAUAGCCAGUGACUUUGGAAAAGAUGAGGCCUUGUUUGGUAGCUGCUAUGGUAAAGAUAUCGCCAGCUGUGACAUCAACAGUGAAGAUGAAAAAGGUGGAAAAAACAGAUCAAAAAGUGAGAGCCUUAUGGGUACACUAAAAAGGCGACUUUCUUCUAAGCAGAAGCCAAAGGGCAAGGGCAGCACACCGUCAGGAAGCUGUGCUGACGAAGACACCUUCUCCUCCUCCUCAGCCCCCAUCGUCUUCAAAGAUGUGCGAGCGCAGAGGCCCAUCAGGUCCACUUCCCUCCGCAGUCAUCACUACAGCCCCACACCCUGGCCUCUCCGGCCCACAAACUCCGAGGAGACUUGCAUCAAAAUGGAGGUGAGAGUCAAAGCCUUGGUUCACUCUUCCAGCCCGAGCCCUGCAUUGAAUGGUGUUCGAAAGGAUUUUCAUGAUCUUCAGUCUGAAACUGUAUGCCAAGAGCAAAAUAAUUCUCUUAAGAGUUCUGAUUCUCCCAAUGGAGACUUGCAUCUCCACCUGGAUGAACAUGUGCCUGUAGUUAUUGGACUUAUGCCUCAGGACUACAUUCAGUAUACCGUGCCUUUAGACGAGGGGAUGUAUCCUUUGGAAGGAUCGCGUAGCUAUUGUCUGGACAGUUCUUCACCCAUGGAGGUCUCUGCAGUGACUCCUCAGGUGGGAGGGAGCUCUUUUGCUGAAGAUGAGAAUCAGGUAGACCAGGAUCUAGUCGUUGCCCCAGAGAUCUUUGUGGAUCAGUCUGUGAAUGGUUUGUUGAUUGGCACCACCGGAGUCAUGUUGCAGAGCCCCAGAGCGAGUCAUGAUGAUGUCCCUCCACUUUCACCUUUGCUACCUCCAAUCCAGAAUAAUCAAAUCCAAAGGAACUUCAGCGGACUCACUGGCACAGAUGCCCAUGUGGCUGAAAGUAUGCGUUGUCAUUUGAAUUUUGAUCCUAACUCUGCUCCUGGUGUUGCAAGAGUUUAUGACUCUGUACAAAGUAGCGGUCCCAUGGUUGUGACAAGCCUUACAGAGGAGCUGAAGAAACUUGCUAAACAAGGAUGGUACUGGGGGCCCAUCACACGCUGGGAGGCAGAAGGGAAGCUAGCAAAUGUGCCAGAUGGUUCUUUCCUUGUUCGGGAUAGUUCUGAUGACCGUUACCUUUUAAGCUUGAGCUUUCGUUCCCAUGGUAAAACACUUCACACUAGAAUCGAGCACUCAAAUGGUAGAUUUAGCUUUUAUGAACAACCAGAUGUGGAAGGACAUACAUCUAUAGUUGAUCUAAUUGAGCAUUCAAUCAGGGACUCUGAAAAUGGAGCUUUUUGUUAUUCAAGGUCUCGAUUGCCUGGAUCUGCAACUUACCCUGUCAGAUUGACCAAUCCAGUGUCUCGAUUCAUGCAGGUGCGCUCUUUGCAGUACCUGUGUCGUUUUGUUAUACGUCAGUAUACCAGAAUAGACUUAAUUCAGAAACUGCCUUUGCCGAACAAAAUGAAGGAUUAUUUACAGGAGAAGCACUACUGAAAGAUUGAGAACCUUGCAUCUUGCACUUUGGGAAAAAAAAAAAAGAAAGAAAUUGAAAUACAGUUUACAAACUUUCAUUGCCGUCAAAAUACUUUGCUGCCAUAACUAUUUUAGUUCUGUGUGUAACAGUCACCAGUUUUUUAGGGGUGGGGAAGUGUCUGCGAGUUGUCUUGGGUCUAUUUUGGUUCUUUCAAAAGGGAUAUCUUGAGGUUCUAGAAGUGUGAAUUAUCUUUCAUUAAUGUGCAGAUUAAUCAUAAUGUGAAUGAUCAAAUUCUUAUUGCCCCCCCCAGUCCUUUGCUGCUAUCCACUGUGAUUUUUAUGCAUUAAAAGCACAUUUCAUGUGUAUUCAACCCUAAGUGAAGUUGAAUGAAGCUUAUAGAAUGAAAAUUGCUUUGUCUUUUUAAGUGACUCAUUUUGAGAAGAUAAUGUUGAAUAAACGUGUAAUAAAACAAUUUACAUAUACAUUGAAAAUGAUUUUUUAAAUUUCAUCUUUAAAAAGAUUUUGAUUUAUGAAUUGACAUAAUCUUGGUUAAUGGAAUGCAAAUUUGCAACAUAUCUUUUACAACACUUUUCUAAAUUAUUUUUAAGGUAGUGCUAUUUUUUUUUGUUGUUGUGAAAACCUGAAUUUUUCUGUUGCCUUCAUUUUCAUCUUGUGGUUUGUGUAUUUUAAUAAAUGGCCUUACAUUAAAAAAUUGUAAUAUAAACCACCAGUUUAGAAAUUGUUGCCUUUUCUGUCAUUAAACUCGGGUACAAAUUGGCAUAAAGACCUGUGGAACUAGACCUAUCACUAUCACUACAGAAAUAUCUGAUGAUCAUGGUUUCCUGAGAUAGGGCUUUUGUGUUGUGUGUACUUUCUUUUGGUUAAAUGUUUUAUCUGCAGUUUCUUUAGUCAACAUUUUGGGGUGAACCUGAUUGUACAACUAAUUUUUAUAAAUGACUGGAUUCUUUUAUAACAUUAAAAUUUUAGGUCGAUUUGAAUGUAUAAAAGAUUGUUUUAAAGUUGGAUUUAAUUUUUUUUUUAAUGUAGUUAGUAUUGUGCUAGAUUUGUACACUUCUUGAUAAAAAAACAACCCUUAAUGAGUUUAGCUGAAAAAUUCUGGGAAUUGUGCAGCAUCAUGUCAGAAAAAUACUAAGCCCACAUCAGAUAUAUGGAAAUUUUGUUUCCUGUGAGAUAUAAGAACAGGGUUUUUGUUUUUAAGUUAGCUGCAUUUUAAGAAAUUUGACAUCUCUGGUGUUUUACCCCCUAGAUUCAUCAUUGAGAUGUUAUAUCUAAUAAUCUUUAAAUGCAGAACAUUCGUUUAUUUCACAGUUACGUAGUGUAGUAUCUUAGGAUUGUUCUGUUCAGAAAAUGUUUCCAGCUACACAAGUUUUAAAGGACAAUAAUUCCAUCCUAGAUGAACAUGUAAUUUGUGAUGUUUCUUCCUUUGUCAAAAUGUUUCUUCCUUUGUCCUUUUAUCCCUCCUUAUUUUUAAAGAAAUUAAAUGUUUUCCCCUUCUUAAAAAUCAGGGUGGAAGUAUUCGGUCAAAAUUACUGGCUUUUAUCUUACAAACAUAUCUGUGUUCUCAGUUUUUUUCUGUAUUUGCUUUUUAGGAUCAGAACUGAGAUGUUGCCAAGAAAAGGCACAAUGCCAUAAUAUCACAGUGUUAUGAUAUUUUGACCUAUAAGGGGAAAGGGACUUAAUUUUGGUGGGAUGUUGACUGUGUCUUGUUAUAAAGUCUACUUUUUCAUUUUGUGAUGUUUUCACCUAAUGAGGUAAAAUAGAGUAUACUAUAAUAAUAUAAUUUAAGUGUUCACUAUAAGCUAUUUGGAUUAAGAACUAUUGCAGAGUUGUAAGCUUGUUAUCAAAUUAAUGCAAGACAUUUAAUUUUUUUUGCAAAACUAUUUAUUUUUAAGCAAUUUAAAAUAUGUGUAGGGUGAGUGGAAUGUCCCUAUGCAUCUGUGUGAGAUGGCAGGUGUUGUCACAGAGUUUCUGUGUAGUAACGGUAAAUGUCAGGCUAGUGUCUCUGCAUAUCCUCCUGGGAGUGACUGCUGCACAGUCUCUGGACUGCCUCCACCUGUCUCACAUGGGUGCAACUUGGUCCCUGCAUUUUCCCAUGAUAGCAUACAUUUAAGAUCUACCCAUUUAAUUCCAAGAUUAUUCUUACUUUCAUCUGUGAGUUUUAAAAUACAGUUUUAAAGACUGUAUUUUCUAUUUUUUGAAUGGCAAGUGCUGAUACCGUUCUAAUUUAUAAAGCAAAUCUUUGAUGUGCUUGUCCAUAUUCAUAAUAUAAAAUAUCUUAGUGUGCCCUUUUCUAAUCCAAUUAUUAGGUUCUGAUGAUAUUUGCCAAAAAGUAAAUUGACAAAUAGAUAUGUCCAAAAUUUUCUGAGUUUGUGUAGAGAGGCAGACAACUGACAGUAAGUACAUCAGAAUGUGAAAGAUUGGCUUUAUGUGAUACAUCGACAGCCUGGUAAAGUACGGAAAUGGAGAAGAAUCAUCCUGUAGCUUUGCUAGAUGCAAUUUGGUUAAAUUUUGGAUUUUGUUGAAAGGUAACUUAGAUGAUAUGAACAGAAUCUGUAAGUGAUUCUUAAAUACAUACUUUUAAAAAGCUGAGUUUAAGGAAAAAUCGGGAAAGCUGUAUCUGUUUGCCACAAUAAAUGAAUCUGGUUUUUUUUAAAUCAGAUACUUCAUCAAAAUAAUGAUGGAGGCUGGAAGCUAUUUUGAGGUUUAUUAGGACACUAUUUAUGCAUUUUCUUAAUUCAUAAGAAAGCUGUAGAAAGUACUUGAAAAAUACCUUACUCUUCUCCUUGGUGCAAUAACCUCUAAAAAUUUAGAAGAUCACGUAUUUUAUCACAGGAAACGAUCAUAGAACUAAAAAUAGUUUUAAGGAAACCAGCUACACAGGACAACCCUCUUGCUAUUGAAGAAAAUCUUGUGCCAAAAGGCUAAAUCAUUGGCAUGUAGGAAAAAAACACAAAGUAGACAUUAUGUUUUCUGAGCCAGUAAUGUUGAAACAAGAUGAAAGUCACUAAAAAUCUUAAAUAGAUUUAUGCAAGUCUCUGCUAGUGCUGUAAGUCUAUCUUUUUAACAGUGCUUUCAGGAAUGCCAAUUUUGAUUACCUUCUCAUUGUACAUGAAGUAAUUGCUUUAUGACUUAUUCAAAAUAAUACAUUUUGAUUUAAACUUUAAUUGCUUUUCAUUGACAAUGAAGUAUUAAUUUGAAAAUGAAAUUACACUACCAGCAAUAGAUAAUUUUGUUGAAUACUCUAGUAAGGAACAAAAGCCAGUUCCAUAAAUAACUAAAAUUCUAAAGGUAUUGGUACGUUAGUAAUCACAAAUUUGGUUUCUUUUAAUACUUUUUUAAUUCUAUAAAGAGGUUUUUUAUAAACAUCCUUUUUAUUGAUGAGUCAUAACAUGGCAAAAGUAUGUAGUUGCUGUUUCUGAAAACUGAUCGAAACUCUACACUCAGAGGUGGUAGGAAAUUCUUACAGAAUUUUGUAAUAGUAUAUAUGUUGGGUUAUAGAAAUUUCAUAGUUGUUGGAGUGCCAUGAAAUUAAUACUUGCAAUCCAGAUUGCUGUAGUUUACACUUUUUCUGUAUGUUUCAAAUCAGGUGUGUACCAUUUGUACUGAGAACACCACAGAAUGAACUAUCCAAAGUCCAUUGAUUUUAAUAUGUGUUGGUUUGUAAACAAAUUAUAGUAAUUUCUUGCACAUUUUGGGGAAAUUAUAUAAGAAUUUAUCUGCUUCUAGAUACAAUGUGUAAAUAAAAAUUUCAUUCACAAGA